AUGCAACAUGUUGGUCGAUCGCUCGUUCAUUUCUUACUGAACGAAUUGCCUGCAUCACAAACAAAGAUUGGUCAUAUUCGAAUAGCAGACAAAUUCUUGGUAACGGAAACAGCGAGGACAAUCUAUGUCGAGCCAGAAAUGCUGAAAGCCAUGCAAGAAGGUAGAGUGGAACAUAUACAAGCAAAUUUGAACAUUCAAAGUACGGCAGAAAAAAUGUUUGAAGGACCAAAUGGGAUAAAGUACGAUUAUGUUUUUGAUCUGAGCGGAGAAGGUAUAGUGAAUCAUAUGUUACCGGCACAAGUCUUGUUGGAAAGAACUACGAAAUUGACCGGCCUACUUGCAAAGAUUGCUAGCAAAAAAGGUGUCAAAGCAUACAUUCGCGAUACACCUCCAUUCUGGUUGAGUAAGGCAGGAGAGACUAACUACUCGGAAAACUUUAUGGUAGAACAAGGACAAGGUGCAGAAACAGCUCGGGCAUACUAUUACUAUGAAGCAGAAAGGGCAGCAGCAAUAAAUGAAACGUUACCUUUGGUCAUUCUAAGAUCGGCAAAUGUGUUUGGACCGCAUCAAUACCAUGGCACAGUCACUCCACGAAUCGCUCUGGGUGAGGUAUACGCUCAUCUCAAAGAGCCUUUCAGACUUCUAUGGUCAGCGGAUCUAAGGCUACACACUUUGCAUUCUCGUGAUUGGUGCAGAGGUGCUUGGAAAGCGGCAGAAUGGAUGAGCAGCCGAUCAAGAGAAGAAGCCAACAAGAUUGCAGGAGAAUCUCUCCCAUAUAUCAAACCGAAGGAUGUUGGCAAGAUUGGCGAAGUUGUCGACAAGAGCAAGUCUGCCGAAAAUGCUUCUAUUGAGAAUAUUUGUCUACCUGAAAAGACGCCUAUUGCACCCGUUUUCAAUUUGGCUGAUCAGGAUGACAUGACACAAGGAAAGAUUCUUGAUGUGAUCGGAAAAGUAUUUGAUAUUCAGACUGGCUUUACCAAUGCUGCAAUCAAUGCAUGGGCUAAGUUGAACUUGAAUAGCGUAGUGGACGAAGCAAAUGAGAAGCAUACAGAAGCAGUAGCUGAAAUAUAUCCCAAUCAAGAUCCCCCGAUCAGAUAUACCCCACACACAUGUUAUCUUGGCACUCAAGAUCUUGCCCAGAAGGCUGAAGCGCUUGAUCCAACAAAGGCGGAAAAGAUUCUUGGAUGGAAAGCAAAAGAGAAAUUUGACGAAGAUACAGUCAAGGAGGUGAUCCAAAGCUUCAAAGAUGCAGGCGCUUGGCUUACGAGAUGA